GCUCGUGCUGAAAUUAGAUGCAACGAAAAAAUGUGAUUAGAUUCAAAGGGCGGCUAAAAACUAGGGGCAGAGAGCGAGAGAGAGACAGAGACAGAGACAGAGAAGUGGAAAUGACUCUGGGGUUAAUCAACGCGAAUCCGGUGGUCCACGCUAAGAAGGAAAGGGUUGCCCGCACUGAAGAACCUCAUGAUGACGAUGCCAUAGAUCCUCUGGAAAUCUAUGAAUAUGUGAGGGAUAUAAGGGAUCCAGAGCAUCCGUAUUCGCUUGAACAGCUCAGUGUGCUUUCUGAGGAGUCCAUAACUGUUGAUGAGAAACUCGGACGCAUUCUGAUAACUUUUACUCCAACAAUCCAGCAUUGCAGCAUGGCGACUGUAAUUGGUCUGUGCCUAAGAGAGAAGUUGAAGGAUUGCUUUCAUCCUCAUUUUAAGGUAGAUAUAAAAGUGGCCCCUGGAUCUCAUGCAGAUGAAGAAUCAGUUAAUAAGCAGUUAAAUGACAAAGAAAGAGUUGCUGCAGCCUUGGAAAUCCCAAAUCUUCGUCAACUUGUAGACGAGUGCCUUUACUCUAGUGAACUUUGAGCAGCUGCAACUUUCUUGCCAUGUAUAUUGUACAGUAAGCCAUUUUUGUUUUUUGUGAAUGGAGUAAAACAUGAUGCUUGUUGUUUGUAUUAUAGACCAUUUGAUGAAAAAAUAUGAUGAUUACUUAGCUUC